AGCACGCAUAGGGCAUGACAGCAUGAGCAUUGAGCACAAUGAAUAAAUUCUUGUUUUGAUUUUUGGUCCGAAUCUAAAAUCCGCGACACCCAAGAAACGAAUCGCUAUCUCGAUCUCACUGCUUUCAACAUCACCAUCAUCAUCUAUUCAUCUUGCUGCGCCGGAGAGAGGGAUCCAUGAUACUGUUGCAGUCCCAUUCUAGAUUCCUGCUCCAAACCCUCUUGAAUCGCGCUCAAAAUAUUGAAAAAGGAGUUGAACUGGAUCACCACUGGGUUGAGUUUGAUGAUGUUCGAUAUCAUAUUCAGGUCUCAAUGAAGAAUCCGCAUAUUCUAUUGCUAUCAGUAUCAUUGCCUACUCCUUCUUCAGAAACAAUUUUUGUCUGUGGGCUUCCUUUUGGAGCCAUUGAAGCAAUAAAAGCUACAUAUGGUGGUAUUGUGCAAAUUCUAGAUCCUCCAAAGGAUGGCUUUAACCUUACAUUGAAAAUAAAUCUGUCAAAGAUUCCUGCAAAUCAAGAGCAAAGACAUGCUUUUUUGGUAAAAGUUGCAUCAGUAAGGGAGGUUGUCCUUGGGGCACCACUGAGAGUAAUUUUAAAGCAUCUUGCUUCUAGGACAGUUGCCCCAGACAUGGAUCCAGUUGUUGCCCUUGUUCAUCGUCCGAAGGAAUCUUUUUUCCUUUUACCACAGGCUGAUAAGGUGACUGUGGUGUAUCCUAUGAGAUUCAACGAUUCAAUAGACAUGGUCCUUGCUACUUCAUUCUUGCAGGAAUUUGUCGAAGCCAGGCGUACAGCUGGACUUAGUAAUACCCCUCCUUGUUCGUGGUCUCAUACCCCUCCAUUGGAACUGAAAGAACUGCCUGCUGAUGCAUUAUCUGCAAAUGCAGGAUUUGUAUCAUUUGUUAUCUUCCCUCGUCAUGUUGAAGGCCCGAAAUUGGAUCGUACAGUAUGGAGUCUUUCAACUUUUCAUGCCUAUGUUAGCUAUCAUGUUAAGUGCUCUGAAGGAUUUAUGCAUACACGGAUGCGGAGACGUGUGGAGACCUUGAUACAGGCUCUGGAUCGCGCUAAACCAGAACCAGAGGAUUCAAAGAAAACUUCAAACAACAGAUCCUUCAAGCGGCUGAGCCUCAAGGAUUCAAGAGUAAACUCAUUUUCAUAAAGGUGAAGCAAGCUUGAUGGGAAAGAUUUUCUGUUUCUUUGGACUAUGCAAUCGCCAAUCAAGGAACUGCUAGAGCAUGUUAGCAGAGUGUUCCAGGUGCUUGUUGCAUGAAGAAGUGAUUCUUCUUUUGAACUCUACAUGCUCAGUAUCCAAGGAAUUGCUGUCCUAUUCUUGCAGAAUGCACCAGGUGCCUAUAAUUUAUUCAUGAAAAAAAAAUGAUACAUAUAGAAGAUAAACGUCCAACAAGUACUAGAUACAAUUGUUUAUAUCUGAGUAUGUGUACUCUGUAUGUAUGUGGGGUUACAUGUCAAAAUUUAUUCCCUUGAGGCAUUUAUCUAAUUUCUCUUUUUACUGUAAAUUUAUGGAUCAUAUGUUAAUGCAAAUUGUGAUAUGUGAAUGAGGUGCCACGGAUAAGCUGUUUUUAGCGUUUGUGUUUGAACCAUAUGUAAGACCAUGUGGAGUGGUUUAAUGGAUUGCAGUUCAAAUUCAUAUUUACUUGUAAAAUGACCCAUGGGUCUUUCAAUCA